CACCGUUUGUUAGAAUACAAAAAGGGGGACUGUUUUCUGUCCCGUUUGUGUCUUUGCCAAAGUCCCAUCAGAGUUUUGAACUGCUGGAAGAGAGAGAGGGACAGAGGAUGUGCUGAAACAGUAAGGGCUUAGUGGAUGUGUAAAAGCAGAGUGUCCAAGUGCGUGAUCUUCCCCAGCCAUCCUUUCCCGCCGAACACUCGCGGUAUAGACGCGUAAGGGAAUGCACGUGAAGAUAUUAUCGGCGCGCGCGGGUCUAAUUGGUGCGAUUCGUGUCUCGCUCACGUCCUGGAAUCUGUUUAUCGUUAUCCCCGCAAACAAGAAGGGAAUCCCGUGUUUCUUGGACAGAGUGCGGCUUGAAAAAGCCGUCAGGAAGAAUGGACCCGUGGCUAUGUAAAGUUUAGUGAGGACGGUGACUGGCUCUGAGGUGAUUGUUAUGAAACUCACAAAAGAACAAACGACGAAAAGGGAGAAAUCGUGGAAUUUAUGAGUUUACACUGUUUGGGACGCACGCAGAGGUGAAUUUAUGCUCAUUUUAGUGGAACCGAAAACAUUUCAUUUGAAGUUUAGUAAUUUCCACUUCGAUAAUGUCUCGCGCUAGAGAUGUGGCACGCGACUUAAGAAAAUAUUGACGUGUUGCGAGACGCCUUUCAGUCGUUGUGUUUAGUCAGCCUGUUUAGUUCGGGUGGAAGUGUGGGGGGGGGGGGAUUCCGUAUUCACCCCGAACUCAUCACAUUAAGAUUAACAAGGCGUCUUUAAGAGGGUCCUUUACGGUCACUCAUGAACUUGUUGAACACACAGCCCUCCGCGGGACACUUCACAUCGAGACUGAAUCUCAUUAACAGUGCAGAUGCCAAGCUGCAAAAGAGGAUGAUUGACAGAAGGCAAAGCUGACACGGCUGUCAGUCAACAUCCAGCCAGAGAGUCGAUUCAUCAGAGUGUCAGAAACCUUGCUCUCUCUCCAGCCCGACCGAUCACUUCAUCUUCUCUGCUUCCACUUCUCUUAUCUCUGCUGGCACCCUGACCCUGCCCCUUCCCAGUGGAUACAAUAAAGAGCAGAAGUGGAGACAGAAGCAUCAGGCCUGACGACCUUACAGUGACCAAAGGGAAGCUGGUAUGCUGCUGCACCUCUUCUAUCCCACAUUCAUCAGAAGGGUUAUUUUGUGAACCAGACCCAGAUCUUCCUCACCAUUCCCACUUUCUCUAUCUCUCCUUCUCUUGUGUAUCUUUGAGAAGAAGGGUGCAGACAGAUACUUUACAUCACAGUGAAUAGUCUAUUGGAGGGGUGGCCCGAAAAAAGGAAGCAGUCAUGCGUUUCCCACUGCUCUUGAUACUGCAGGCAACAUGGCUGACUGUUUGUCUGGCCACGCAGCAUUAUCCCACAACAUGGGGACACUACGACUUGUGCAAAUCAGAAGGCUACACGGACGAAGGUCCAACCUGGUAUUACAUGGCCUGUCAGCCAGAAGCUGCGGAUAUGACCAAGUACCUAAAAGUGUUUCUUGACCCACCCAACAUCACCUGUGGAGACCCACCAGAGACCUACUGCACCCUGGAAAACCCCUAUAUGUGCAACAAUGAGUGUGACUCAGCCACAGAAGAGCUGGCCCACCCACCUGAGCUGAUGUUUGACCAUGAGGGCCGCAACCCCACCACCUUCUGGCAGUCCACCUCCUGGAAGAAAUACCCUAAACCUCUGGCAGUCAACAUAACCCUGUCAUGGAACAAGACCAUUGAGCUUACCGAUGAUAUUGUCAUCACUUUUGAGUCGGGUCGGCCAGAGCAAAUGGUUUUGGAGAAAUCUCUGGACUAUGGACGUAGCUGGCAGCCCUACCAGUUCUAUGCUACCGACUGCCUUGAUGCUUUCACUAUGGAGCCCAAAUCAGUGAGAGACAUUACCCAGCACACGUUGCUGGACAUCAUCUGUACUGAGGAAUAUUCCAGAGGUUACGUGUGGAAGAACGACAAGACUGUACGGUUUGAAAUCAAAGACCGUUUCGCACUGUUCGCCGGCCCCAAGCUGCACAAUAUGGCUUCGCUAUAUGGACAACUGGACACAACCAAGAACCUGAGAGACUUUUUCACCAUUACUGACCUGCGCAUACGUCUUCUCAGGCCUGCCACGGGCGCCACCAUGGUGGAUGAGUACAACCUUUCCAGAUACUUCUACGCCAUCUCUGGCAUUAAAGUACAUGGCAGGUGCAAGUGCAACCUUCACGCCAACAGCUGCAUCUAUGACAAAGAGAGACUGACUUGCGAGUGUGAGCACAACACUACGGGGCCUGACUGUGGCCGCUGUAAGAGGAAUUAUCAGGCAAGAGCUUGGAGUGCCGGAUCCUAUCUCCCCAUCCCCAAGGGCACAGCAAAUAUCUGUCUGCCAAAUAGUGUUGGUCCAGUUAACUGCGAAUGUUUCAGUCACUCCAAUCGCUGCAGUUACAUCGAGGUGCUAAACACCGUCAUUUGCGUGAGCUGUAAGCACAACACUAGAGGGCAGCACUGCCAGCUGUGCAAGCUUGGAUACUACCGCAAUGCCUCAGCAGAGCUGGACGAUGAGAAUGUUUGCAUAGACUGUAAUUGUAAUCCCUUUGGCUCAGACACUGAUCGCUGUAAUGGCACAGGAUAUUGUAAAUGUAAGGAGGGAGCGACAGGGGCUAAGUGCCAUGAGUGUCUGCCAGGAUAUUUGUGGGACAAUGGCUGUAAAUCCCAGGUGUGCAACAAUGAACUUCUGCGUUGCCAAAACGGCGGUGUGUGUGUCAACAAUAUCCGUUGUCAGUGUCCUCCGACAUACACCGGCCUACUGUGUGAGAAACCGUGGUGUGAAAAUGAGCCAGGCGGCUGCGGAGGGUCGGACUCAGGCCAGACUUACCUCCACCCCCCUGGGCUGAUCCUGCUUAUGCUGCUGUCUAUCCUGGGUCCUGUUUUCCUCGUGGAGAUCUGCUAGACCACAGUCCUUUGAGGGGCAGAUCUCCAACUGUCCAGCUUCUUCUGUAUGAGCAGCGCACCAGACCCACCGACACUCAGCCGGCCAUGUGGAAUGUGCCCAAAUAUCAAAGCGAAAUUUCUGAGGAUGACCGACAAAAUACAAUAAAUAAUACAUCAAUAAAAAUAGUGUUUAUAAAACUGAUUCAAUAUAAAAUCGAAAAUUUAAACAAAGAAAAGAUCAAAGUGUUAUUUAUAGAAUUUACCUGAGCAUAUGCUUCAUGAAGCAAAUAAGAGGAAGUAGAGACGUGAACUAAGCCAUAAUAGAUUCUCACUCCUCUAACAGAGCGAGAGAGUGACAGGGAUUGAAGCGGACAAGACUCAUCCCUUUCCUCCCUUUAUCAUCACGGCAACGGGAGCUGUGCCGCCUCUCACCUGAGCCAUUCUGGGUAUCAUGUUGGCUGUAGACUGCUUUUGGCUAUUGUGACACGGAGCGAUGGAAAACUGUCCAGAUUGUGUGAACUGGCAAUUACAAAAAAAAGAAGUAAUAAUAUGAAGAGAUACUCAAGUAAAGAAACAAGCAUUCUUUGCUGUCAGUGCAUUGUGGAUAUAAGGAAAUCUAUUCAGACUGUCACAUUUGAUCUGCUUUCAAAUUGAGCUCGUCCUGCCAACACGUCCCAUCCAUCCCUAGAAAAUAGACUUUAGAGUGUCCUUUGUGUCAAAAGCCCCGUGCUUCCUUCGCCCUGUGCUUUUGUGAAUGUUAUUCUGUAACCCUUGAUAUAUUUUUUUAUAUAUAUAUGAUUUUGGGGUUUUCCUUUCAGUCUGUGUGAUUUUAGUCAUACUCAUGUGGCACACCCCCUUAUCCUCCUAACAAAUAUGUCUAAAAAACCCAUGACUUUGAAAUGUGACAGACUGUUUGCUGAGGCCACGGUCAAAGAUGUAUGUUUUCACCCAAACAGAUGAAGUGCUCAGACAGUCAUCAGUGUAUUUAAUUUUUGUAUUAAUACAGAACUUAUUUUCUUGACAGAGUAAAGAUGUAGAACAUAUACUUUUUUGUAUUAUUGCUGAAAUGUGUUUAAGGGCAGCAUUUUAGUGCAUUCAAUCAAGGUGCAUAAUGAAUCAAAUAUCUGAUUAUGUUCAUCUGAAACUUUAUUUCAUUUACAGUUUUUUUUUCCCUUCAGUUGGAUUGUGAAGUUUUCCUAAAGUAUAUUGGCAACGUGCUGGCAUCAAAGAAUAUCAGUUUACAUACAGUAUAUAUACUGACUUGUAAAAAAGAAAAUCACACCAAAGGACAUUCUAAAUGUUUUCUUGUUGCUUUAACACUGAGAAAUUUAAGUGAAUAAAACUUUAAAAGGA